UAAAUUAUUAUGUACUCAUUCUGAGCUAUAGAUAAAAGGGCACAGCACGGAUCCACUCUCUCGCACACACACACACUGAGAAAGGUCAUGGCAAAACAUCUGGAUCUCUGUCUAUAUCUGCUAUCAUUCAGCUUCUGCUUUUCCAACUCACAUGUGGUUGACUGGACCUAUCAAGGAGAAUUGGAUGAAGCUCACUGGCCGAAAAACUAUCCCCUCUGCGCCUCAACAUCGCAGUCACCAAUAAAUAUUCAGAGAAAGAAAGUGGAAUUUAAUCCAGGCCUAACACACCUGGAACUUAAUGGCUUUGAUGGACCCUUAAAGGGCAAUUUCACCAUGACAAACAACGGGCAUUCGGUGCAAAUAGAUCUUCCAUCCACAAUGAAAAUCAACAAAGGGUUUUCUAACACGUACACGGCGGUUCAAAUGCAUUUGCAUUGGGGGGGUCUUGACCUGGAAACAAGUGGUUCUGAACACACCAUUGAUGGAAUGAGGUACAUUGCAGAGCUGCACAUUGUCCAUUAUAACUCGGAUUUAUACAAGAGUUUUGAUGAGGCUAAAGACAAACCAAAUGGAUUAGCUGUACUUGCUUUCCUUUACACAGAUGGAAAUUUUGAAAAUACAUAUUACAGCAAAUUUAUUUCCAGGCUGGGCAGGAUCAAACACGCAGGACAGCAGACUGAAUUGCAUUCUAUUGAUGUAAGUGCCAUGUUACCUGAUAAUUUGGAUAAUUUCUAUCGUUACGCCGGAUCUCUUACUACUCCCCCCUGCACAGAGAAUGUGCUAUGGACGAUCUUCGAUACCCCAGUCCUUCUUUCUCACAUACAGAUAAAACUAUUGGAGAACAGUUUAUUGGACUGGGAGAACAAUACAAUUCGUAAUGACUACCGCCAAGCUCAGCCGCUGAAUGACCGCGUUGUGCAAGCGUCCUUCAAGCCACAACUGUCCAAAGAUAAGUGUCAGACACAACUUACUGACAAACUGAGUCAAAUUGAGAUUGAUAUCAUAGAAAUGAGGAAGCGGGUGGAAAGUGGGAAUACAAGAUUAGCAAGCCCAUCAGUGCUCCCAAGCUACCCAUCUUAUGCUUUCACCAAGGAUCAUCCAGCUGCCCAUGUAGAAGUACGUCACUUAAAAUCCAUGCAACUGACCAAAUUUACCCUCUGUGCUUGGGUGAAAACUAAAAAUGCUGGUAACCAGGUAGUGUUCUCCUACUCUACAGAUUAUAGUGACAAUGAACUUGUUUUGAGUGUAGGGGGUGAUAUAGGGUUGUGGGUGGGAGGAAAAUUCCAGGAUUUCUCUCUGCACCACACCUCGGAAGACUGGGUUCAUUACUGUGUGCAAUGGGACUCCAGUACUGGAGCUACUCAUCUGUGGGUAAGUGGCCUGCCUGGAAAACAAAAGACCUUCCAACGUGGACAUGGAAUCAAAGCUGGAGGUGUGAUCCUUCUUGGCAAAGACCGUGCCGAUCUCUUGGGAUUGUUCUCCAAUGGAUUUGUUGGAUGGAUGAGCCAUGUCAAUCUCUGGAGCCAUCUACUUAGCGCCGAAGAGAUCAAAUCCCUGACUCAAUGUCCAACGAUAAAUCAUAGGGGGGAUAUUGUAGCUUGGGGAGAGACACCCGUUAUAGUGUCUGGAGGAGUCAUGCUUGAACCUGAUAAGAGCUGCUGGUGACCUGAUCCUUCGUACUUUUGAUUUGCAAUUUAUUUCUUUUUUCCCUAUUAUUGUCAUGUGCAAUCACUGUAUGUGUCACCAAAAUACUUUCCCUAACUUAAUCUGCAGCAUAAAAUAAAUAAUCCAAUCAGAAUUGUCUAUACAAUAUCUCACGCUAUGUGGGAACCCUGCACGGCAUAAUUAUAUUAGUCUCUAAUCAAUUUUUGCUGAUUGGGAGGUCAAUUGUCCAGGCUGGUUGACAGUUUUAACCAUUCCACAAAAUGCGUAGUUCUCAAAUGUUUAGCUUUAGUGAUGACAGACUUUUCUUAUCUCAGUGACAUCUAUGGAGUGAAAUCUGCAAUUUUCCUUGACAUAGAGAUACCACAAAACAUAUCCUUUACCAUGGACAGAGCAACUCACAGCUCUACAGCUUGUUACCAUAACAGCAAACAUGGAAUUCUUAGUUCUAGAAUUCUUCGAAAACUAGAAUAGUGAUUCCCAACCUAGUCUUCAAGAUACACCAAUGGUGAAUUGACAGUAGCCCCUCAGGAACAGAACUGGGAUAUAUCUAAAUACUUGACUGUUGGUGCUUUGAAAGUGUUGGGAACCACUAGACUAGAUGUUGCCCAUCUGUGCCUUAACCCCUUAAGGACACUCAAAGGGUUAUUCACUAACGUGAGAAUGUUUAUGAGUUCAAAGUAAUUCUAAAUUUAAGGCCAAAAUAGACAAACUGAAAAAAUUCUCCAUGUCAACAAUGCUUCCAGUUUGACUACUUUGGCCUUAAAUCUGAAAUUCUACUGCUACUGAUGUUUAUGACCAUCCACUAUAUGGUUCUAUCACUGUUGAACAUUAGCAGAUAUGUUGACAUUUGUCAGCGUUGGUAAUGUAAUUGUAAUUAUUUAUACCUCUAUGCAUUUCGCAUGGCAUUAGACAAUGUCAAAAAUCAUGAUCGAUAUUACAAAUUGUUUGAAAACAGAUUGUUUUAACAGAUAUUUUAAAAAAAUGUUAAAAACCUCCUAUAUGUAUGUAAACUGGAAAUACAUCUACACUUUGAUUCCUUUGGAUUAUCAGAUCCAUAUCUCUUGACCAAUAAAUGAUUUUGAAUGUAAAAUCAAUCUGACUGUGAAUCUCUUGCAGGACCUCAUCGCAACAAUAUUGCUUCAAAUAGCUAUGAAACCACACGAGUCUCAAACCUAAUAAAACAGCAUAUCAUGUGCAUGUCAAACCAUCUUAGAAUUAUUUACUUUUGUUAAACUUUAG